CCCCCUCCAUGUGUUGUAUAUCCAGUCCCCCGGUCUCUUCCCAGCCGACCCACUUGUCUUGUUCCCCAACAGCAACAGCAGCUCCAGGCUCAACACCUGUCCCACGCUGCCCACGGUGGGCCACCCAUCCAGAUGCCCCCGCACCCCUCGGGCCUGCAGCCCCCCGGCAUACCCCCCAUCCCGGGCGUGGCAGGCUCCGGUCUGCUGGCGCUGGGCGCCCUGGGCAGCCAGGCCCACCUGCCCUCCGUCAAGGACGAGAAGAACAACCACGACCUGGAGCACAGAGAACGAGAGUCGAGCACGAAUAACUCGGUGUCUCCGUCGGACAGCCUGCGUGCAGCCAGCGACAAGCACCGCAGCUCCUCUGAUUACAGCAUGGACUCCAAGAAACGCAAGGUGGAGGAGAAGGACACUAUGAGCAGAUACGAUAGCGAUGGAGACAAAAGUGACGACCUGGUCGUGGAUGUGUCCAAUGAGGACCCAGCCACUCCCAGGGCCAGCCCCGCCCAUUCUCCUCCAGAAAACGGUCUGGACAAAUCACGGGCCCUAAAGAAGGACGCCCCCAACAGCCCCGCCUCCGUGGCCUCCUCUGGCAGCACGCCCUCCUCCAAAGCCAAGGACCACGCCCACAAUGAUAAGUCAUCCACACCGGGCCUGAAGUCUAACACCCCCACACCUCGUAACGAUGCCCCCACACCAGGCACCAGCACCACCCCUGGUCUACGGCCCAUCAUGGGCAAGCCCUCGGGCAUGGAGGCACUGGCAGCUCCAGCCCUGCGUACCCCUUUGUCCAUAGCUGGCUCCUAUGCCACGCCCUUCGCCAUGAUGGGCCACCACGAGAUGAACGGCUCCCUGACCAGCCCCGGGGUCUACGCCGGACUCCACAUCUCCCCCCAGAUGAGCGUGGCCGCUGCUGCGUACGGACGCUCGCCCAUGGCGGGGUUUGACCCUCACUCCCACAUGAGACCAGGCCUGCAAGCCAGCCUCACGUCCAUCUCUGGAGGAAAGCCUGCCUACUCCUUUCAUGUGAGCGCCGACGGCCAGAUGCAGCCGGUGCCCUUUCCCCCGGACGCUCUCAUAGGCCCGGGCAUCCCACGCCACGCCCGCCAGAUCAACACGCUGAGCCACGGCGAGGUGGUGUGCGCCGUCACCAUCAGCAACCCCACGCGCCACGUCUACACCGGCGGCAAGGGCUGCGUCAAGAUCUGGGACAUCAGCCAGCCGGGCAGCAAGAGCCCCGUGUCCCAACUGGACUGCCUGAACAGGGAUAACUACAUCCGCUCCUGUAAGCUCCUCCCUGAUGGCCGCACCCUGAUUGUGGGUGGUGAGGCCAGCACGCUGACCAUCUGGGACCUGGCCUCUCCGACGCCACGUAUCAAGGCGGAGCUCACCUCCUCGGCCCCCGCCUGCUACGCCCUGGCCAUCUCCCCCGACGCCAAAGUGUGCUUCUCCUGCUGCAGUGAUGGGAACAUCGCCGUCUGGGACCUGCACAACCAGACCCUGGUCAGGCAGUUCCAGGGCCACACGGACGGAGCCAGCUGUAUUGACAUCUCCCACGAUGGGACCAAGCUGUGGACCGGAGGUCUGGACAACACCGUCCGCUCAUGGGACCUGAGGGAGGGACGCCAGCUCCAGCAGCAUGACUUCACCUCCCAGAUCUUCUCUCUAGGCUACUGCCCCACAGGGGAGUGGCUGGCAGUGGGCAUGGAGAGCAGCAACGUGGAGGUUCUCCAUCACACCAAGCCUGACAAGUACCAGCUUCACCUGCAUGAGAGCUGCGUCCUCUCGCUUAAGUUCGCCUACUGUGGUAAAUGGUUUGUGAGCACGGGGAAGGACAACCUCUUGAAUGCCUGGAGGACUCCGUACGGUGCCAGCAUAUUCCAGUCAAAGGAGUCCUCUUCCGUCCUGAGCUGCGACAUCUCUGCAGACGACAAGUACAUUGUGACGGGCUCCGGAGACAAGAAGGCCACAGUGUACGAGGUGAUCUACUAGAAACACCAGUUUGACCCCUCCUACUGGCCUGACAAGGGGAGCUGCUAGCCCCUCCUCCUCCUCUUACUUCACUCACCACACCCCCUAACCUCAAAGACCACCAGGGAUUGGACUACAGACAAUGUCGGCCGAUACCGCUCCCGGAUUGGUGCUCAGAAGGCACCAUGAACUGCGAUUGGCAGUUGGCCUGGCUGUGAUUGGCUAUCGCUGCAGACUGUAAGCCUAUGGGCACUGAAGAUGUAAAUUGUCUUGCUGUUUUGAAUUGGUUCCUGGGCCUGUUUUUAACGUGAUGAAUGUUUCUGUCAUGUGACUGGACGAAGCGGCGCUUUGUCUUUACAACAGUUGCUCCCUGGACGUCUUGUGAAAAUUGUACAUAAUGGAGUAAAAGACAUUUUAUAUAUAUAUAUUAUAAAUAUAUAUAUCUAUUUUCAUGUCCUGGUGUACUUGUGACGUUUUUGCUUUCGGCCUCUCCCUUCUGCUUGAUAUUCAAGGGAGAACAGAAAGUAGAAUAAGCCUUCUUUUUUUUUUAAGGAUUUAUUUUUUGUUUUUGGGGUUGUUGAAGCGUGUUCUCCAGGCGGACCUUUUUCCAAAUCAAAUGGAAAUGUCUCUCCAAAAACGAAAUGGUCAACCAGAACACUUUUUGAAGAUUCAAAUGUGAGUUUUGGGAUGGUGCCCUUUUUUUUGGAGCUACGAAAAUGUCUGGGAAGUGGAGCCUGCCGGCUCAGGCAGAGCCACGGAAGUCCGUGGAAUACCACAGGACCCCCGCUUGGACCGGCCUAUCAGAGGAGACUGGGGGGAUCGGCGAGAGGAGGAGAACAAUGUAAAUUAAAACGAUAUUAAAGAAACUAACUGUACUACUUUCUCUGUGCCCUUUUUGACCCGUCUCUUUUACGUCUUGGAUAAUUUUUUGGGUGGUCUGGUUGAUGUUUAACGAUGGACUUCAAUUCUACUGGAUUAUUACUAAUACGGGGUGACAGACCGGGCUUUGGCUAGCCUGACACAAUCUGAACAUUGAGUCUGGACCUAAAUCUUGCCGAUGUAGAACAACCCACAGGGUCAUCUAGACAGGGGGGUUAAGGAGAACAUGCUUCUAUGGAAUCCAUUGAUUUGAUCCUCUAUCAUUUAUCAGUACAUCAUCUUGGACUAACCGGACUUGGAUGGAAGUCAACCAAACUAUUGGAUUCCACUCAAACGAUAUACAGUGCCUGUUAAGUGCUAGGGUUGGCUAUUAAGAUCUUUCAAAAUGUAAAACAGAAGUUAGCAUUGUGACCAGCAUCUACAUAAUGUUCAGUACCGAGGAGGAGGAAGUUGUCCCUAGACACUGAUCUGUUUUGUCCCCAGAUGGUGCUGAGGGUAAGAUGCUCUGUGUCUAAGGGGAGUUUCUUCUUUUACCGUUCAGCUGUUGGGGUGAACACACAAAUUCUUCACUGCACCCUAAUACCUGCCUGUCCUUCAGUCAUAACGAGGGGUGAAAUGUGAACGUCUCCAAUUCACAACCAAAGUAUGUAGCAAAACUGUGUCAGCACUGAACAUAAUGUACAGUUGAUGAUAAUUCAAUAAACUGUGUUUGUUUUGUAGAAA